AUGAGAGGAAAGUGUAAAUGGAGGGUUUAUUGUGCUUAUGAUGAACCCACUCGGAAGUGGUUGGUGAAGACUAGGUACAUGUAUCAUAGCUGUACACCAAAUGGAAAGUGCAAAAUGCUUAGAAGUCCAGUUAUAGCAAUGCUGUUCCUUGAUAAACUAAGGGAGGAUGGUAAUUUAAUGCCUGAGAAGAUUCAAGAGAUGAUUAAGGAGAAGUGGAAGCUAAUACCUUCAAGGAAUCAGUGCCAACGAGGAAGAACUUUGGCGUUGAAAUGGCUUCACAAGGAGUAUGCAGAUCAAUUUGCACAUCUUCGAGGUUAUGUGAGCGAGAUUCAAAGGACCAAUCCAGGUACGAGUGUAGUCCUUGAAACCAUCCCUAAUGCUGCUGGAGAAGAUAUGCUUGAUCGGUUCUACGUUUGCUUCGAGAAGCUUAAAACGUUGUGGAGUGGAACUUGUAGACCUAUUAUAGGUCUUGAUGGAACAUUUCUAAAGCAAGAAGUGAAAGGCAUAUUACUUACUGCUAUAGGACAUGACGGAAAUAACCAGAUUUAUCCGUUUGCUUGGGCUCUGGUACAAGGUGAGACAUCUGAUACAUGGCUCUGGUUUAUCAAGCAACUCAAACGGGAUCUCAAUCUUGGAGAUGGAGAGAAGUUUGUACUUCUAUCUGACAGCUCAAAGGGUCUCAUAAGCGCUAUUGAAUCUGAGUUACCAAAGGCUGAGCAUAGAAGGUGUGUUAAACACAUUGUUGAAAACCUGAAGAAGAAGCACAAGAAGAAAGAUCUUUUGAAACUCGUGGUAUGGAAUCUAGCUUGGAGCUACAAUACUACUCAGUACGGCGAGAACCUCACGAAGAUGCAGGAGUAUAGUAUGUCACUAUACGAUGAUGUUAUGAAGCUGGAACCGAAGAAGUGGUCCCUGCCUUUCUAUAAGCUUGGCAGCUACUGUGAGGAUGUUGAUAACAACGCCACUGAAUCAUUCAAUGCCACCAUUGUCGGAGCUAGAGCUAAGGCGGUUGUACCUAUGUUGGAGACCAUCUGA